CGCCCAACAUCCGAGGACUUUGGCCCAGAGUAACCCAGCUCGCGUGACCUUUACCCUCCAUUCCGCACCUCUAUCUGCCCGCCCCGCGAGAGGGCGGCGGUUGGGCGCCCGCGCCGCUCGGUCCCGAGCCCCAGCUGUCCCCCUCCCGGCCCCUCCGCGCUUCUCCUCGUCAUGGCGGCCCUCAGCAAGUCCAUCCCUCAUAACUGCUACGAGAUCGGCCACACUUGGCACCCUUCCUGCCGGGUCUCCUUCCUGCAGGUCACUUGGGGCGCCCUGGAGGAGUCCCUGAAGAUCUAUGCCCCCCUGUACUUGAUUGCAGCAAUUCUCCGGAAACGAAAAUUAGACUAUUAUUUGUACAAACUACUCCCUGAGAUCCUACAAUCUGCUUCAUUUCUGACUGCUAAUGGGGCCUUGUAUAUUACUUUCUUUUGCACUUUAAGGAAGAUACUUGGAAAAUUCUACUCAUGGACUCCUGGCUUUGGUGCCGCUUUACCAGCAUCUUAUAUGGCCAUUCUAAUUGAAAGAAAAAGCAGGAGAGGGCUGCUCACAAUUUAUAUGGCCAACUUGGCUACAGAAACACUAUUUAGAAUGGGUGUGGCAAGAGGAGCCAUCACAACAUUAAGAAAUGGAGAAGUCCUUUUGUUCUGCAUAACAGCAGCCAUGUACAUGUUCUUUUUCAGGUGCAAAGAUGGUUUGAAAGGAUUUACGUUUUCUGCACUUAGGUUCAUUGUAGGCAAGGAAGAAAUUCCCACACAUUCUUAUUCACCAGAGGCAGCAUAUGCAAAAGUGGAACAAAAGAGAGAGAAACAUGAGGAAAAACCAAGAAGAAUGAAUAUAAUUUCUCUAGUUAGGAAACUUGUGAAUUUAAUAUGCAAGCAUGGACCAAGGCAUAGAUGUUGCAAACACUAUGAAGAUAAUUGUAUCUCUUAUUGCAUUAAAGGUUUCAUCAGAAUGUUUAGCGUGGGAUACUUGAUCCAGUGUUGCCUGCGAAUCCCCUCUGCAUUUAGGCAUCUGUUUACAAAGCCAUCCCGGCUACUUUCUCUCUUCUACAAUAAAGAAAACUUCCAGCUUGGAGCUUUUCUUGGUUCUUUUGUUAGUAUAUACAAGGGUACUAGUUGCUUUCUGCGUUGGAUCAGAAACCUGGAUGAUGAACUACAUGCUAUUAUAGCUGGAUUUUUGGCGGGUAUAUCAAUGAUGUUUUAUAAAAGCACAACAAUUUCCAUGUAUUUAGCUUCCAAACUGGUAGAGACAAUGUAUUUCAAAGGCAUUGAAGCAGGGAAGGUUCCCUAUUUUCCUCAUGCAGAUACUAUUAUCUAUUCCAUCUCUACAGCAAUUUGUUUCCAGGCAGCUGUCAUGGAAGUUCAGACCUUGCGACCAUCUUACUGGAAGUUCCUUUUAAGGCUCACCAAGGGCAGAUUUGCUGUCAUGAAUCGAAAAGCCCUGGAUGUUUUUGGUACUGGUGCAUCUAAACACUUUCAGGAUUUCGUCCCCAGAUUGGAUCCAAGAUAUACAGUUGUAAAACCGGAGUUGCCGAUAGAGUUUUCAUGAAGAUGGCUAUAAUUUAUUAAUGUGACUAUAUUUCAUCAUUAUAUCCUGAAGAGUUAAUUAUGUUGAAUACAAAGAAGGGGGCCCAGCUCGAACUUCAGUGUUAUUUCAAUGAGAGAUGCUUUUUUGUUUUGUUUUGUUUUUCUUACCAAUCAGAAAUACAGAAGCUUUUUAGGAAGGUGUUGCUUAAUAAUUAAGCUUCCUCUGUAGCCAGAAUCUGAUUCUGGAUCACUGUAGUGGUUGACAUUGUGAUAUAUUAUUGAUUAAAUUAUGUCCACAAAUGAUAUUGAAUUAUCUAUAUAGAAAUGUAAUAACAAGAGUACACUUAAAAUUACUUAAAAGAGUCUUUAGUUCAUUCCAAUAUAAUUCUUGGUUUAAACUAAGAAUAUUUCUCAUUUUAGGAUUUAUAAAGGAUCACGGGUACGUGGAUUUGGUCUGUGAUUAUUUUUAAGUUUUGAAUUGGUAUUUGUAGUAGUAGAAUGUUAUAGAUUUGAAGGAAUUCUCCAUAUACAAUGCUGCUUUAGUAUAGAGCAAUGUAAUUGGAGAAAAGUGGCCAUUCUUACUUCAGGGAUGCAAAGAUGGGUUUUAUACCAUUGGGGUAAAUGUCGUGGUAUCCAUGCUCUUUUUUCAACUAAUAACACCAUCUCUCUCCAUGACCAGUAAGGCUGUUUGGCAGCCCAGUAAACCUACAUACUAAUGGCAGGUUAGGAACAAAUGAAAAUUUACACAUGUGUUUUAAUCUUUUACAAUAGCAUUACACUUGAAUAUUUAAAAACAAAUCUUUUAAACCUCCUAUAGAUAUAUUGUGUCUGUUGUCAUUUAUAGAGGCUGAAUUGUUUAUAACUCAGUUUGUAUGCCAUUGUUUUAGAAAGGAUCAAAAUCCUAUGGAACAAAAGAAGUUUUGCGAAGUUUAGCAGUGUUUUACCCUGUCAACUGUUUCACUUAAAUAAUAGAUGUUUUACAACUAAAACAACAUAAAAUUCCAGCAGUUGUUAAAAAGUUUUUCAUUACUAAUUUAAUUCAUGUUCCUCAACUUCAUUUUCAGAAACCACUGUCAUCCUUUUUACUCUAGAAUAAAGAAGUGACAAAAUGUAGUCACUUUCUCUUGAAGAAAGUAGUUCAGGACAACUGAUGGACAUAUGAUCAUUAUUUACAGUUUUUCAGGGAAAAGUUUUACUUUUCUAAGAUAAUAAAAGGCUUAAAGUGAUUGUGAUGUCUACAGGGAAUGUAAAAUCUAGAAGUGAUGCUAUUUUUGGAAUAUAAUUUUGUUACUAAAAAGUUUUUAGGCCAUGGUAAAUCAUGCAGUAGAAUUUGUGUUAUAAAAGGGAUUUUAAUCCAGAGGUUAAAAAUGCAUAAUCCCCAAUAUUAAAUUUUAUUAAGCCUUGUAUUACUUCUGUUUUUAUGUCAUCCUGUCUUUUGUUGUUAUAACAAAUUGAAACCCAACAAAAAGGUAGAUUCUAGUACUGUGGUAACAGAGAGUCACUUUAGUUGGGUCAAAAUUUUUCAUUGUGAAUAACUUUUUAGAGUAGACUUGCCAUUUGGCAAUACUGUUAAGGGAUCAUUUUGGUUUCAGAUUUCAAAAUUGAUUAAUGUAGUUUUAAGUUUUUAUUGACUGGAAUCAAAAUGAUGAUUGGUACUAUGUUUACUUUUUAAACAUGAAGUAUUAAAGCACUGAGAAGCACCAGCAUGAACCUCAUUUUUCCUGUUCAGAAUUUAUGUUUGUUAUAUUUUUCCUAUCAGGUUAAACAUAGACAUUUAAAUCCAUAAGUUGUUAUUUUCAUUGCCAUUAAAAAGCUAUCAUAUUGAAAAACACAUUCUAUUGAAAUUUUCUAUGAUUGUUUAGCAGAAUUUUGCUGGUUAAGGUGCAUUUCUGCAAUAUAUAUGUAUAUGUAUACAUAUAUCAACAAAUUGCAAUCAUAUUUUUAUUUUAUAUAAAAUGUAAAACAAAAUAACCAUCCUGAAGCAGAAUAUAGUGGUGAAUGUAUAGAUUGAAUGAAUGGUUAACUAAUUUGCAGUGGGGAAUCAAGAAUCAAGAAGUCCAGUUUGAUUCCACAAUGGCAGAUUGCAAAGUAUACUUGUUCAAGCAAACACAAAGAAACUUUGUGUUCCUGAAGACAAUUAAAAUGUCUUUCUACCUCUAACUAAUCAGGUAUUGAUUGACAAUGUAUUGGCAUCUUAAAUAAAGUCAAAUAGACCUCUCCAUUCCAAAA